ACGAAAGAGGAACCCAAAGGGCGCGGGGACCCUGAGCUCCGGGCCAUGGCGCUGCAGCGCGCCGUCCUGCUGGCUGGCCUCCUGGUGGAAGUUGCCAGCAAGUCCUCGGAUGGCGUGGGCCAGCAGCCCGAGUGCUGUGUGGACGUUGUAGACGCCAAUACCACCUGCCCAGGCACAAGCCUGUGUGGCCCAGGCUGCUUCAGGCGCUGGAACGAGGACGGGAGCGCCAGCUGCGUCCGGUGCCGGAAUGGGACCCACAACAGCUCCGAGUGCAGAGGCUCUGCUGGCCAGGGCACGCAGCCCCCUGUGAACAGGGACCCAGGGACGCCCGGGCAGCCGAGACUCGGGGGCCCACGGGUGGCAGCCUCCCUCUUCCUGGGGACCUUCUUCCUCAGCUCCAGCCUCAUCCUCGCGGUGGCCGGUUUCUUCUACCUCAAGCGCGCAAGUAAACUGCCCAGGCUCUGCUACGGAAGAAACAGAGCCCCGGCCCUGCAGCCUGGCGAAGCCGCCGCGAUGAUCCCCCCGCCACAGUCCUCAGUGCGGAAGCCACGCUACGUCAGGCGGGAGAGGCCCUCGGACAGGGGCACGGGCCCCGCCGCCGUCUCCUCGGUGGAGGCCCGGGUCAGCAACGUCUGACCCAAGGCUCGACGACACCUCCGCACACCGCCCAGGGGAGGCCCCGAAAGCAAGGCCAGCCCCGCCCCGAGAGGCUUCCGGACAGGCCUGGACUCACGCUGGCCCGGCUCUGGUUUCCUGGUGACAGGCGCUGCCGAGCCCCUGAGCCAGGCUGUGAGCGAGGCCG